CGACCUUUAGCCACGGGCACUUCCGGCGGCGCUCCGCCGCGCUUCCGCUUUCUCUAUGCUCCAAAAUGUCCGCCCCCUCCUUUUCCAAAAUGGCGGCGCCCGCAUUGGAGCGGAUCCUGACGGAUCUCCUGGAGCCCGACAGCGCCAAAAUCCGCCAGGCCACGGAGCGGCUGCGGGAGGCGCUGGAGGAGCCGGAGGGGCCGCAAGGCCUCGCGGAGCUGCUCAGGGGGGCGGGGAGGCCGCAGAUCCGCCAUUUGGCCGCCGUGCUGCUGCGGAGGCGCCUCCGGAAGCUGCCCCAGGACUUGAUUGACAGGCUCCCCCAUGUCGUGGUCGAGGCCCUGGAGCGCGAGACCGACUCUUGCAGCAGAGGGGCCCUGGCCCAGCUCGGGGCGCGGCUGCUGCUCCUGGGAGGCCCCAAAUUUUGGGAACCGUUGGAGAAAUGGAUCCAGGAGGCGGCGAGGGACCCCCGGAAAGUGGAGGGGGCGCUGCGCUGCGUGGGCGUGGCCGUGGGCGUGGCCGGCCCCGCCCUGUCCCGCCGAGGCCCCGCCCUGCUCGGACUGGUCCAUCUGGCGCUGCGGCCGGGGGGGGACGGCGGCGCUCUGGGGGCGGCGCUGGCGGCGCUGGGGGCGCUGGCGCCGAUCCUGGGACCCCGCGGCUCGGGGCCCGUGCCAGUCCCAGAGCCACCAGUUUAA